AUGAGCCAAGAAAAGACCAGGACCAGGACCGUCGAAGAACAUCAACACCUUCCACCGCUCACCAUCGGUGAACAGACAAAGAGAAGGUGGAGAACUUCACUUCAGAAGCAACAUCUCAAACACUGGAGAAAGACCAGAACUGGCAAAGCUGCAGGAGUCUUCCAACGACUCCUGAACAUCUGGUUGUUGAAAUCCAUCACCACGGCAACAAAGCUACGCCUCUAUAUGUCAGUGGACAUCCCUACAGCGACCUACGCCUGUGAGACGUGGACGAAGACAGGCAGCAUCACCAACAAGUUUGAUGUCCUCCAUCGACGGGGCCUCAGAUCCAUCCUGAAGAUCUCAUGGAGAGACCACAUCACCGAUGAAGAGGUGAUGAAGAGGACAGGUGAAGCACCUUCGUCUGACAUCGUCUCUGACAGGAGAGAGAGAAAGACCGGACAUGAACUCUGA